CCCUCACCGCAUCGCCAUGACCAACACUACAGCGACCGCCGCUGCUUUCUUCGACCGCCAUCGAGCUUUGUUCGAGUAUGACACGUACGGCGGCCGUGGCACCGCCCCUACCACAACGGCGGAGUUUGUGUUGGCAAUGCAGGCAUUGGUAACCAGCAGUGCCACGAGCAGCUAUGACCAUCUCCUCGCUCAUAUCAACAACGUGCCAUCCUCAGACAUGAACACAGCCAGCACGCUGAAGCAGUCGUGCGCGUCUCGAGUGGCAAAAGUUGAAGGCUCGUCCACCAACCUAGCGCCACCGUACGUGAAAGCUCAGUGGUACACGGCGGCACAGCAGUCCAUGGCACCUCUUUCAGCCACAGUCCACCAGACCUCUGCAUCGGUGGGACUGCCGUUCCAAUCAAGUCCAACAUCCUUCAACAUUGCCGCCCGUCCCCAAGGCAAUAACAUCCAAUCUGCCUUAAACGAGCAGCAACCACCACCUCAACGUCCCCAGCAACCGCAGAAGGGACCACUGGCCACAGCAAGUGUUUUAAGCGCCUCCAACACUGUCUCCCCGAGCCAUCCACAACCACAAUAUCAUACCCACCAUCCACAAACAACGUCAGCGCCUCUCAAGAACACAACACCACUGCUCGACAGCUCGCUGCGCAUCACAAGGGGGCGCAAAAUCGACUUGGCUCAAAAGAUCGAACAGCUCGUUGGGCCUAGGUUUGGCCGCGUCAUCGGCCCAUCGAACCAAAACCUCCCCCCCAGCAUCAAGCGCCGCCUGGACUCGUAUCACCGCCUCGAUGAGCGCAAGGAAGGUUUGUAUCAGCUGCUCAAGGCAGAGUACAUUGCGAUGCAGGGCAGUCGGCGCCGGUGACACCAGAAGCUGCCAUGCACGAAUGAUACAUUCAGGCAACGUCCGGAAGGAGAAUGGAGUAUUAUCUCGCUUGCAUCACUCAUUCGAUGACAUAAAGUCGUUCAUGACGUUGCGGACUGUGUCGAUGUCAGAAAAAAACAGCGACGGGUCACCAGUUGACU